GCGGGAACGGCUGGAGACCGGCUCUGAGCUCUUGCCAGUUGCUGCCGCUCAGACACACGCGAUGUGCCGACGCGUGUGCUACGCUCUGCCGCCGCUGCUGCUGCUGCUGCUGCUGUGUGCGGCGCAUCAAGCCAGAGGCCGCGAUUUGCCACAAUACCUCAAAGCCUGCAGCGAGAAGGACCCAAACGUAAAUGAAUGUGCUCUGAAGAAUGGUCGCGCUGCAAUUCCCUAUCUUGUGAAAGAAAAUCUGACCGUCAGUUACAUAAUAAACUAUGAACCUUUUAAUAAGGGUGGCACUGACUAUAUGAAGGCAACAGUGGUGGAUUCCAGAGGUGAAGUUGGGCACUUGACAAUAAACCUGCAGAAUUUAUUCAACGGUGACAAAUUUCUUGGUGAAAACACCAACAAAGUUCUGAACGAGAACUGGAAAGCACUCGUUGAAGAGGUAGGUCCGGCAAUGUACGAAUCGGACCGAGCCAUAGCACAGAACCUGGUGGACACGUUGUUUGACGGGGUGCCAUACAGGAAGGUGGUCCUCGAGUAAGUCGCCCACCACCUGCGGUCACGUUCCACAGGUGUGAGGCGGCUACGUCAAGAAAAUUCCCUGCGACAUUACUGAAUGAGAGGAUGUGCUCUUGGCGCGGAAUUGAAAGAAGCUUUGGAAUGAGUAUCUUUAAAGAAAGUCGUAAUUGGCUAUGAAGACGUAUACCUGAGAUACCUAAAUAGUAAAAGCGAUUAUCGCCACAAAUAAAAAAGCUAAAGAAUUUGUAAAUCUUAUUGCAUCCUGAUGCAAUAUUCGAUUUAUUUACACGUCACGUUGGAUAGCAAGUUAUGUAGUGGUCAGUUCAGUGAAUGAACAUGAGAUAUUCAGACAAACAGACCAAUUACAUAAAACUUAGUUUAAUAUGGGUGUUUAAAUGUGCUAAUUGUAUAAAUAAAAAUAUGAAGUAUGCAAAUUGUUGUAAUCGA